AUGGCGGCGGGCAGGCGGGCCCCCAAGAGCGGGCUGCUGGACCUGGGCCCCGCGGCGGAGGGGGGGCCGGGGCCGGAGGGCCCCGCGGCCCCGUGGCUGCCGGUCCUGCUGACCCUGGCCGACGACGCGCUGAGCGUCCGCGCCGAGCCCCCCGAAGCCGGGCCCGGGCCCCCGCUCCCCGACCCGCUGCCCACCCACCGCCGCACCGUCAGGAUCGUCAAGCAGGACGCGGGCGGGCUGGGCAUCAGCAUCAAAGGUGGCCGGGAGAACAAGAUGCCCAUCCUGAUCUCCAAGAUCUUCAAGGGGCUGGCGGCUGACCAGACCGAGGCUCUGUACGUGGGGGACGCCAUCCUGGCCGUGAACGGCGGGGACCUCUCCACAGCCACGCAUGACGAGGCGGUGCAGGCCCUGAAGAAGACGGGCAAGGAGGUGGUCCUGGAGGUCAAGUACAUGAAAGAGAUCUCUCCGUACUUCAAGAACUGCUCCUCUUCCUCCUCCUCCUCUUCCGGAGCCCCCACCAGCUGGGACUCACUGCCAAAGAAGGCCUCCCCCUCCCUCCCCUCCCACGACCUCAAGGAAGAGAAACACGUUUCCUUAAAGAUGGGCUACAUCUCCAAGAAGUGCACGCCCACCGAUCCAGAGAGCAGGUACCUGGAGGUCCGCUCGGCGGAUGGGCGGGACUCCCUCUUCCUGCGGGCAAAGGACGAGGCGAGCGCCCAGUCCUGGCUGGCCGCCAUCCAAGCCUGCAUCAAUGACCUGGUGCCCUGGGUCAAGGACGAGCUGCGGGCCCUCUUGGCGGGGGCGGGUGUCGCCGGGAGCAAGGAGAUCAAGCAGAUCGGAUGGCUGACCGAACAGCUGCCCAGCAGCAGGACGAAACCCGUCUUGGCCCUGCUCACGGAGAAGGAGCUUCUGUUCUACCAGACGCUCCCUCAGACCCGGGACGCCCUCAACAAGCCGGUCCAGAGCUACCCCCUCAUCGCUACCAGACUGGUGCACUCCGGCCCCUCCAAGGGUUCGGCCCCCUACGACUCGGAGCUGUCCUUCGCCCUGCGCACGGGCACCCAGAAGGGCGUGGGGACGCACCUGUUCAGCGUGGAGUCGCCGCGAGACCUGGCCACGUGGACCCGGAUGCUGGUGGACGGCUGCCAUAGCGCCGCCGAGUUCAUCCAGGAGGUCUCCACAGCCUGCACGUGGAACGGGAGGGACUGCAGCCUGUCCAUCCACAUCGACAAGGGUUUCACCCUGUUCGCCCUGGAGCCGGGCCCAACGCGGGCUGUCCUGCUGCAGCGGCCCUUUGAGAAGCUGCAGAUGUCCUCUGACGACGGGGCCAAGAUGCUGUUCCUGGACUUCGGGGGUGCCGAGGGCGAGAUCCAACUGGACCUCCACUCCUGCCCCAAAACCCUAGUCUUCAUCAUCCACUCAUUCCUGUCGGCCAAAGUCACUCGCCUGGGCCUGCUGGCCUAGAGGCGUGGAGCAGGAGUUGAGGGAGGAAGAGGGAGGACACGGAGACCCCAGGAGACGGCUGCAUACCCCUCCCCGAGCCCCCAGCCCCUUUCCAGGGGACGGAGAGGAGCGGAGCAGGGGCAAUCACAGCCCUGGGCAAG